AUGGGCGGGGAUGCAAUUGGGUUCUUCUCACCCGCAACACCCCCAGUGGCACCACCCGCAGUGUCCUCCACAGUCGGCAAGUCGGACAAGCUGAGCCGGGCUCCACCCCUCAAUCAAAUGAACCUGUUGCGGUGCACCCCCAUACUGUACUCAAACAACGGUAGGUUCACACCUUAUGACCUGUGA